AUGAACAAGACUACGUUCAACAACCCCGGAAAUCACGUAGGGAUUCAAGGAAACGUUUACAACCAUGGGUCCAUUGUCAUUGCUAAGGACAAACAUUCGAGGGAAAAAUUAAAGAAAAAAGAAAGAGAAAUCCUAAGGAAACUUGAUAAGUCACCCUACCAAGACCGAAAAGAUCGAAAUCCAGAUCGAGUCAGCGGGACAUGCGAGUGGUUUGUGGGUCACGAGCUCUUUAAAGACUGGCAAGAGAAUAAGACAUCGACAUCAAGAACACUUUGGGUAUCCGCAGAUCCUGGAUGCGGAAAAUCAGUCCUCGUAAAAUAUCUGGUCGAUUCCAUCCUUCCAACCACCGAGUCUAGAACAACAUGUUAUUUCUUUUUCAAAGACGACUUCGAAGAUCAAAGAAGCGCUACUAUUGCUUUGUGCAGUAUUCUACGUCAACUUUUUAUACAAAAACGUAUCCUGCUUUCUGAAACGAUUAUCGAGCAGUUCGAGAUCGCUGAAGGGCCCACAAGCUCAUUUAGCGGACUUUGGAAUAUCCUACUCAACGCAGCAAAGGACGAAAACGCCGGCCAGAUCGUCUGUAUCCUCGAUGCAAUUGACGAAUGCGAAGAUCUGGGAAGAUCCCAACUCGCUCAAGCACUACGCAAAUUAUACAGCACGGACAGCAUUCUCAAUUUGAGGUUUCUCCUGACUAGCCGACCUUAUGGUGAAAUUCGACGCAGCUUUCAGCCUCUAAAGACCCUGGGAUUACCUAAGGGACCGGAUGCAGGACCAAAACUACCUGGUGCUAUACCCAGAACACACAAAAGCGUUACUGGAUUACCAGUCAUUCACCUAAGUGGGGAGAGCGACGCCGAAGUGACGAAAAUUUCACAUGAAAUUGAUACUUUCAUCAGAGUCAGAGUUCGAGAUAUCGGGGCACGGCUAAAGCUUAGACGUAAAGAAAAACAUCUUUUAUUAAAAAAGCUUCUACAUGUUCCUAAUAGAACAUAUUUAUGGACUCAUCUCGUUCUCAACUUAAUCGAGAGCGAUAUUAAUAUCGAUAAAACUGGCAUAAUCAAGGCGACUUCCUAUCUUCCGAAAACGGUUAAUGACGCAUACGAGAAAAUUGUAUCUAAAAGCCGCAAUUUUGAGGAAACAAAGCGACUACUACACAUCGUAGUCGCGGCAGUACGGCCCUUAACUCUGAAGGAAAUGAACCUGGCAUUAGCGCUUAAGAGCAAUCAGCGGUCAUAUAAAAACCUUAAACUCAAAUCAGAAGAUCGUUUUAGAGAGUGUGUACGGGAUCUUUGCGGCCUCUUUGUGACAGUCAUACAUUCGAGAAUCUACCUACUUCACCAAACUGCAAAGGAAUUUUUGAUUCAAAACGAUUUAACGGAUCUCCCUAAAAGGACCCAGGGCGAGCCCAAAUGGAAACACUCGAUUAGGCUGUUGGAUUCUCACCUAGUUCUUGCUAGGGUAUGUAUCCGACACCUGCUUUUUGCAGAAUUCGAAAACCACCCCCUGGGUAAAAACUCAAUAUCCCAAUACACCGAGAAUCACGUAUUUCUGGAUUAUUCUGCCAAGCAUUGGGCGACUCAUGUCCUAGAGUCACGGAUGGAAGCUAAUAAUAUAAAAUCGAGAUCCAUUCUAAGAUUAUGCGAUGCAAGGUCAAAGGGCUGCCUAACUUGGUUGAGAAUCUAUUGGACAACCCAAAAUAUAGAUUUCCCGGAGCAGAAUUUUACCAGCCUUAUGAUUGCAUCGUAUUUUGGACUAAUAACAGCGAUAAAACAUUUUCUUGAAUUGGAGGGCUCUGGUGUAAACUCUGAAGAUGGUACACACGAGCGAUCAGCACUAUCUUGGGCUGCAGGGAAUGGACACAAAGCCGCUGUUAAGGUGCUGACCAAUAUCAAUUGGCCUCGAUGGGGUGCGGGGAUACUGUACAGACAGAAACUUCAGAUUGAUUCUGUGGAUAGGUACGGCCGAACACCGCUAGUUUAUGCAGUUUGGAGCGGAAAUGUGAGAACAAUUGAACUCUUACUCAAUUUGGGAGCACGCGUCGACCUAAAGGAUAGAGUUGGAGGGACACCGUUAUCUUAUUCCAUUUGUAGUGGAAAUGAUAAUGUAGUAAAGCUAAUUCUGAAGCGUGGAACCACGACGGCGAUCGGCUCAAAGAAAGCUAUAAUUCGGUCAUUACUUUUUUCUAGUGUGAACGAAGGCGAUAAGGACGUCAUUAUGCUACUGCUUGAUACAGGGCUGGCCGACCCUGAUCUAGAAAAUAAAUAUAAUCAAACGCCACUGUCUUGGGCCAUAGAGGCUAGGAGUUUGGUGGUUUCGCAGCUUCUUCUUGCUCGAGGAGCGAAAAUAAAUUACAAAUAUUAUAUUGCUGGAGUAAGUGAAACUAGCGCUGUUCUGAAUCAGGGUUUACUUCUUAUGGGUUACUGGGGGUACGUCGAUCUAACCUUUGCUGAAAACGUCUACUUGGUCAAUUCAAUAACUAAAAUCACGACACCACUAUCACGAGCCAUACUGAAUGACGAUAUUAGUAUGGUAGAGCUGCUUCUCAAAAAUGGUGCUCAGCCGGACUUAGAAGAUGGAGAUGGAUGUAGACCACUUGUACACGCAAUACGGCGAGGAGGUGCCGUAAUAGUGCAACAUCUAAUUGCCGGUGGUGUGCAAACAAGAUUUCUUUAUAACGAUACACCAUUAUCGUAUGCUGUGCAAACUGGCGAUCAUAAAGUUGUGAAACUGCUUUAUAACAAUGGCUAUAAAAUAAACUUGGUACAUGAAUUGAUACCACUCCUACAAACCUUGGAAGAAAACGAAACACAUUUCUCCUCCACUACAGCCACUAUUUGGACAGAUUCUGUCAAAGGCGAACUUACCGAAAGCAGCUUAAGGGAGUAUUUAAGCACAGGCGAAGAUAUCAACGGACGGUUUACAGCUCAAUGCUUUACCCCUCUCAUGGGCGCGGUUUUGAAGGGCCAUCAGGAAGUAGUCACAAUCCUCAUCGAUAACGGGGCAGACGUCGGUCUCCGAGCAGGGGAUAUGGAGGUCACUGCUCUUUGGCUAGCGAUGUCAGCGCCUAUCCCUCAGCGAGGGUUAAUCGUCACACAACUACUUCGCAGUAAACAAGAUAUUAAUGCGAUUAAUACUAACACCGGGAAUACACCGCUGAUGCAGGCGAUUUCUAUAGCCAAAGAUCCCGAAAUGGUUAAUAAAUUGGUUGAACAAUGCGCCAAUGUGGAGAUAAAGAACUAUGAUGGUAAAACUGCGAAGGACUUGGCAAUGAUGGAAGAGAAUCCAAGCCUGUACAGCUCAGCAUUCUCUCGUGAAGCUGCUUUUGAAAGAUAUAUGCAGUGCGCUCUCGCCCGGAUGCAAGCCGUACGUCUCGCAAUGGAAUCCGAGGGUUUUCGCUAG